CUCCUAAAUCUUCUCCAAACCAGCAGCAAAUCCAUCAUCAAUGGCUGCCACUUCCUUUCAUUCUCUCUCAUCCAUUCUUCAUACAUUCCCUUAAUAUUUCCAAAAUCUCAAUUUUCAAAAAAAUCCAUUACAAAUGUCUAUUUUCCCAAGGCAGGCAGGAUGGCCUUCCGGAGGACCUCCUCCUCUCCAUUACAUCUCCUUGGCCACCUGUCUCUCUCUCUCCUUCUCCUCUCCGCCGCCGCCAUUCCCGCCGCCUCUCUCCGCCGUCCGCCACCGCAAAUUCCCCUUUUCCGGGAAGCACCCGCUUUCCGAAAUGCCGAUUCUUGCAAAACCCAAAUCCACAUCUCAAUGACCCUCGACACUAAUUACCUCCGAGGAACAAUGGCCGCAAUCUUCUCAAUCAUCCAACAUUCAACCUGCCCAGAAAACGUUGUUUUCCAUUUCCUCUGGUCUCGGGUCGACCCAAAUAUCUCAUCAACAAUUCGCUCAACCUUUCCUUAUCUCAAAUUCAUGAUCUACCGUUUCGACCCGAAUAGGGUCCGUCAUAAGAUAUCAAAAUCAAUCAGACAAGCAUUAGAUCAACCGUUAAACUACGCCCGUAUUUAUCUAGCGGAUAUACUCCCGAGUCACGUUAACCGGGUUAUCUAUCUUGAUUCGGAUCUCGUCAUGGUCGAUGAUAUUAACCUCCUCUGGGAGGUCAAUUUGGAAAACAAAGUAUUGGCGGCGCCGGAAUAUUGCCAUGCAAACUUCACGAAAUACUUCUCGGAUAGUUUCUGGUACGACAAAUCGUUGUCGGAGACAUUUAAAGGACGGCGGCCGUGUUAUUUUAACACCGGCGUGAUGGUGGUGGAUGUAAGGAAAUGGAGGCUGGGAUUGUAUACACAGAAAGUGGAGAAUUGGAUGGUGGUUCAGAAAAGGAAGAGGAUUUAUGAUCUGGGUUCGUUGCCUCCGUUUUUGUUGGUGAUGGCUGGAAAUAUUAAGGCGAUUGAUCAUCGGUGGAAUCAACAUGGGUUAGGUGGGGAUAAUAUUGAAGGGAAAUGUAGGAAUUUACAUCCGGGUCCGAUUAGUCUUUUACAUUGGAGUGGAAAAGGGAAACCUUGGUUAAGGUUGGAUUUGAGGAAACCUUGUAAUGUUGAUCAUCUUUGGGCUCCUUAUGAUUUGUAUCUUUCGGCUAAACAUUCGUUUGAGGAAUGA